AUGGCAGCGGCGAGCUCGACGGCCGCGGCGCAACAAGCAGCAGAAGAAGAUGAUGACGAUGUAACAUUCAACGUCGAAGACGUGCAAAAAAUUGUAAGGGACAAUAUAGAGCUGUGUUUGGGCGGCAAUACAUACAGCCACUCGCGAUGCGCGCAAUGGAUUUCAAAUAUUACCGAUAAAACUCUAACGAGAUUAAAUAAACUGAACAAGCCCUUCAAGUACAUCAUGCGAAUUACCAUCACCCAGAAAAAUGGAGCGGGCAUUCACACGGCGGCAUCUUAUUACUGGGAUAUCGCAACUGAUGGCAGUUGCACCGUGCGUUGGGAGAACAAGUACAUGUAUUGCAUUGUCAAUAUUUGGGGUCUUGCUCUUCAGCUUUAA